GUUGUCAAAUCAUAAUGUCAAAAUUAGUUUUUUGAGGUUAGACUUCAAAAAACGCUAGUCAUAAGUCAUAACAGAAAAUAGUAAUAAUAAUAAAAAUGGCUUCGAAUAAAACCGUAGUAAUUUUAGCACCAAAUGGUCGACGUCAAACGGUUAAAGUUUCGCCCAAUACCACAAUUCUACAGAUUAUAGAAGAAGUAUGUACAAAACAAGGCUUAAAAUCAGAGGAAUUCGAUUUAAGGCAUCACAAGAAUGUAAUGGAUAUAAAUGCAACCAUGGGUUUUUCUGGUUUACCCAACAAUGCACAGCUUGAUUUAAUCCCAUCAACCAAACCUAGAGUUGAGACUGAUGUUACGAUUGGGUUACAACUUGAAAACGGAAAUAGGUUAUUAGGUACUUUUAAACCUAAUACAUCCAUUUAUGAUGUACUAUUAAAAUUAUCCCCGGAAGACUUAAAUCCUGAUAAAAAUACAGUUAUAAUUUAUAUGAGAAGAGAACUUUAUGGAAUUGAUUUGUUAAAAAAGACUGAUUUAAAAUCGUUGGGGUUAACAAGUGGAAGGGCAAUGUUUAGAUUGAUACAUAAAAAACCUGAAGAAUUAAAAGUGCAAGCAAAUAUAUCUGCACCCAUACCAGCUAAGCCUGUGGAAGAAAAACCUUAUAUGAGAAAAUUUCAAGCAGUAGAAUCUCCACCAUCGAAACCAUAUCCCUCAAAUCAAACAAAUAAGCCAACUAAUGUUCAUGAAAAUGUUGCUAAAAAACCUUGUGUUGAAGAAAAUGUUCCUCCUCCCCAACAACAAAACUUAAAAAAAACUAAUAUGGUGGAUUUAAUAAAAAAUGAAAAGAAAAAGCAAGACCAAAAUGUAAACCAAAAAUAUAAAGAAACUACAUUAAAUCAACAAAAACCUAAAACAAUAAAUAUUAAAGACAACAAAGAAGAAGAAGAAUUCAUGUUUUUAGGUGAUAGAAACGCAAUGUUAUUCUCAUUGGAAACGGCUCAAAAUGUUCGAACCGAAGAUUUACCAGACGAUUUUUUCGAGUUAACCAUUGAAGAUGCGAAGAAAUUAUUUCGCGACAUCAAAAAACGGCGAAUGGAACUCGAGAACAGUCCGUUGAUGACGUCAGCUUUAAGAAACUUGGAAGAAUCUAAACGACAACUCAACGUAAUGAAUCGUUAUAAAAAAACAAUAAUUCGUGUACAAUUUCCCGAUCGAGCAGUUCUUCAAGGCACCUUUUUAAUAACCGAAGAUAUUAAGUGUGUUAUGGAAUUUGUAAGAAGUUACUUGGAGAAUAAAAAUUUGGAUUUUUAUUUAUAUACAACUCCUCCAAAAUCAGUGUUGAAAACUGAAAGUGUUUUGUUUGAAAUUGGUUGUGUUCCUGGUGCUUUGUUGUAUUUUGGAGUAAAAUCUAAUGAUGCUAAUGAGGGUCGUUCGCAGUAUUUAAGGAAAGAAUUGUGUGAUAAGUUUACAACAUCUUCUGUUGCUAGUAUGGCAGCAGCUAAAAUGAGGAAAGAAGCGAGAAGAUGGGAUUUUCCCGAUGAAGCAGAUGAUAUAUCAAUAACACCAGAUGAUGUAAAUGUCGGUGCGAGCACAAGUAAUAAUGGCAAUUAUGUGGAUUAUGAUAAACCUUCAACGUCGCAAAAUGAAACGGCUCCGAAAUUACCGAAGUGGUUUAAAAAUCAAUAAUGGAUUUUGUAAAGUGGUGAAUUCCAAUUAUAAUGUGAAAACAUCUACUUGAUAAUUAAAAAGAUUUGUUUUAAA